AUGACAGCCAAGGCUCAGUAUGCUGAGUGGAAACAUUCAUGCGCUACACAAUGGCCUGAAAAGCUGUCACCCAUUGCAAAGAAGCGCUUGUUGACGGAUUUUUAUUCUACACUGGGCCCCAACCGCCUUUCCUCCUUGGUGUGUGCCAUAUGUAGUGCAGCAAAGCUUAAAGUGGCUAUGCUUACGGACCCUGUGGAUUUGCACUCAUAUGAUAUCUCUCCCCUUCGACGUGAAUAUCCACCCACUGCCCCUCACCCUUUUCCCAACAUUCCAUUUCUGCGUGACAUUAUGCUAUCCCCAGAAGGUGUAGUCCUCAUAUCGGACUCUUCAGUAAUGAUUCACAUUUGCAAAGAUUGUCAUCGAAGUUUACAGCGAAAGCGACUGCCUAACACUGCGAUAGCCAAUGAUUUAUUUUUCGGGCCAAUUCCAUCCCAACUUGCCGAUCUCACUUUGAUCAAGGAAGCUCUGAUAGCCAGGCGUCGUGCAAAAAGCUGGAUAAUUCACUUGCGUGAUGACUCUUCUUCUUCCCAUACCACUGGAGCUGCCUUCUCAUCUGUGAGCCCAGUCUCUCAACGUGCACUGAAAGGACACAUCAUUGUAUUUCCUGCUACACCUGAAGCACUUGCACCCUUUUUGCCACCACCAUUGGAAGAUGUGGUGGGGCGCUCCCCCUAG